GACUCCAUUUCCCAGCGUGCUCAGCGCCGGAGCGGAGCCGGAGUCGUCCGCGGCGCUACCGGAUGCGGGGCUCGCUGCUGGCUGCUGGGGGCGCGGCCAUGACCGAGGGCCCCUUGGCCCGCACCGUGCGCUCCAAGCUGGCGGCCGCGCUGGAGCCCUCGCACCUGCAGGUGCUGGACGAGAGCCCCCGGCACGGGGGUGCAGCGGGGGCCGGCACUCACUUGGCCGUGGUGGUUGUGAGCGGCCGCUUCGAGGGGCUCCCCCCGCUGCAGCGCCACCGCCUGGUGCACGCCGCGCUCAGCGCCGAGCUCGCGGGGCCCCUGCACGCCCUCGCCAUCGUGGCGCGCACCCCGCAGCAGUGGGAGCGCGACCCCAGCGUCCCCCCGCGGCCCCCGUGCCUGGGGGGGUCCAAGCGCGAGCAGCGCGGGGACGGCGCCGGGGAGCCCUAAAGGAACCCCCCC